AAAAAGUUUUGGUAAUGAAGGUAUCCAAAUUGGGAGUAAAUUGUGAGGAGUAGUUAUUUUUUUUGCACUUUUCCCGGAAAUUUGCCUAGUUUUUUGCCCAAUAUCCUGGUGGAUAGGGUGGCUGAGUGUGUGCUUAGUGUGUUUGCGUGUGUGCUGAGAGAAAGAUUUGAGGGAAUUGUGUGAAAAGCUGUGGAAAUCUAGUGACGCGGUUUAUAACCUCACUUUUGUAUUGAUUGCCUUCUGCUUGGGAUUUUGUAUUGAGUUUUACAAAAGAAUUAUUACGAACCCCCUUUGAGAAGCUGCUUGUGUGAAGUAAGAACCCCCAUAGAAACAUGUCUAUUGAGUUCCUGCAAGUGUCCGAGGAAGAGGGUGAGGAGCCGAUUGAGUUGCCGGUGGAAGAGGAUGGGACGCUACUGCUGUCAACAUUGCAAGCACAGUUUCCGGGAACGUGCGGUCUCAAGUACCGCAAUCCUGAUUCGCGUGCCAUCCGUGGGGUACGUCUCAAUGAGGGACGACUCCAUCCACCGAUCCCUGAGAGUGGUUGGGGUUCUCAGGUGUACUUCUGCGUCUUCCCCAAAGCCUUAACGUCUAUUGCAGAAAACAAGAGGAAGAGCGAUGAUCACCUGGAGAACUCCACGGCAAAGACAAAGCGCAUGGAAACGCGAUUGCGGUGCACCGAUCUCAUUGUUCUCGGUUUACCGUGGAAGACAACAGAACAGAGUCUCCGGGAGUACUUUGAGUCAUUCGGCGAAGUUUUAAUGGCUCAAGUGAAGAAGGACAUCAAGUCGGGGCAGUCGAAGGGAUUCGGUUUUAUACGCUUCGGUUCGUAUGAGGCACAAAUGCGUGUCCUGGCUCAGCGUCAUCUCAUUGACAAUCGCUGGUGCGAGGUGAAGGUGCCAAAUUCCAAGGAGGGAAUGGUACAGCAGGUACCUUGCAAGGUGUUCGUUGGACGAUGCUCCGAGGACCUCACGGCAGACGAUUUGAGGGAUUACUUCUCCAAAUUCGGCGAAGUGACUGACGUUUUCAUCCCAAAGCCCUUCCGUGCGUUUAGCUUUGUCACCUUUCUCGAUCCGGAAGUUGCUCAGUCCCUCUGUGGGGAGGAUCACAUCAUUAAGGGUGUAUCAGUACGCGUGUCCAAUGCAGCACCAAAGUCCGAACAGAAUCGCAAUCAAAAUUACACAUCAGGACCUCCGUCGCAUCAUCAACGUGGUUCCGACCACGUCCUCCCUGCUGGUUGUGACAAACCUUCAUUUCCAGUGCCACCGGACCCGAGGAAUCCCAUAAGUCGACAGGAGAAUAUUUCCUACCCACAGAGUCGUGGCUACAUGCCCAACCCGCCGAUUCAGCACAACAACGGAUGGAGCAAUCAGAAUCGCGGGAAUUUGGACAUGCCUAACCUACAGGCACUUGGAAUUAAUCCUCAAGGGCAGAAUCCAUCAAAUCAAGGUCAAAAUAUUAAUAAUCCUCUUGGUGUUGGAUUGAACAUUAAUGCUCUUCCGAUGAAUCCGGCUCUUGUUGCUGCUGCCCUCAAUCAGUGGAGUCUCAUUGGGAAUCUUCAGAAUCAGAAUCAAGAGCAGGGCUUUGGUGGCUCCGGUGGCCCCAAUGCACAGCCUGGCUCAUCCCAGGGUGGAAAUUUCCUCUCGUGGAUGUCUCAGGGUGGCGGCGGUGGUGGCGAUGGUCAGCAAGUAAACAAUCAAUUUCAGGGUGGAAAUCAACCCUGGUCACGACAGCAAGGCGGUUCCGGACAACCUGGUCCAGACCACAAGCAGAAUUUUCUCUAAGAACUCCCCCAAAAGUGUGUGGGUUGAUGGACAAAAUGGGGGGGCAAAUGCGAAUGAAAGUAAGCCUUUAUUUUAAUUUUAUUUUAAAUGAAUGAUUUUGAGACAUUUGUCGAUGUUCUUGUUUUUUGGGCAUCAUUUACUUUCUCAGUUAUAUUUUUCCUUUUCUCCUUCAUUCUAGGAUAAUAAGCAAAUUAUGAGGAAAUAAUUUCGCUUUUUGACAUUUUUUUUUAAAAAGAAGGGAGAAAUUUUUACAAAGAAAAAAAAAUGAGAAUUUUCUCGGAAAUUGUGGAUAAAAUAAAAAUAAAAACAUUGUUGAUUUUAUAGUGAGAGAGCGAGAAAGAGAGUUUGAAAGCGUACGAGCGAGAGAGAAACACACGCAAAGUUAUCUAAAUGAUAGAGAUAAGGGAAGGAAAUGUGACUGUUGGCUCACGAGUUAGAUGUUGGAAAAUUUCUCUUAAAUCUCUUUUAUUUUUGCCUUAUCAUGAUGAAAGGAUAAUUUGCAGCGAGAGGAUGUGUGUUUUUCUUGGCGUUUUUUUUUUAUUAGUUAUAAUUGAGAAAGGAACGUGUUUGUGGGAAUAAAAGAGCAUCUCUGUACAUUUUUUUCAUUCACUAAUCAACAAUGAGAGUGUGGUAGAUUCAAUCAAUUUGUUUUUCAACACGUGAAUUUUUUUCUCUUCAGAAUUAUGUUCUUUUUUUUUAAAUUUAAAAUACGAAUAUAUAUUUCUUUUUUGGGAGAGUUGCUACAAUAUAAAUGAGUUUAUUUGUUUGCAAGUGUUGUGAGUCUUUAGAAAAAAAAAUUGAUGAUGAUUGUAAACAUAAAUGCUGCGCUAAGGGAGAAAAUUGUAAAAGAGGAUUUGAUUAGAUGAGAAAAAAAACAUAAAACAAAAGGAAAAUGUGAGUUAAUGAUGGCAAUUUUAUAAUUGAUAAACAAUAUGCAACAAAAAAUACUAAUUAAUAGCGAAUAAGACAAAAUCUUAAAAAAAAUAAGUCAUCUGCCUCCGUGUGGGGGAAUGAUUGUGUUUUUCAUUGUAAUUGAGACAGAGACAAAAAAAGGAAGAAAUGAAAGAUUUUCUUAUGUGAGAAAAUGAUUUUUUUUUUCAAAUAUUGGGAGAGAUUGAUGUUAGAAGAUAUAUUUUUUUCUUUUCAUUUAUAGUGAGAUGACUAUAUGUAUAAUGUUUGAUUUUUGAUUUCAGUUUAAAGAGUGAAAAAACGAGGGAUAAAUUGAUUUGUAUAACGUGAUAUUAUUGCAACAGAAAUGUAUGCUGAAAUUAUUGAACGAAUGAAUGGGAUAGAUCUGUUGUAAUAAUAUUAUGAAUGACGAAGAAAAAAAAAACCUACAAAUUUUAUUCAUAAUUAUUAAUAAAAUAUUCUUGAUGUCUGCACUUGAAA